AUGGAAUCCAAUCUCAUCGCGGCCUUCCUACCCAUCUUCGCCACAUUUGACGUCGAUGAAUGCUCACAGGCUAAAGGCCUCAUGGAAAAAUUGAUCGAUGAGAAGAAAAUUCUCACAACCCUGGACCAGAAUUUGACGGUGAUGGCAGAGCUCAUCCUUCCGGGGGAAACCCUUUCUCAGGCUCUUACGCGUGCUUACGACAACGGGCCCGACUGGCGGUUGGCAGAGGUUGCCGCCGAAACUGUGCAUUCCUUGAACAUUCCGGGAAGGCGGUUUGCUGAAACCGUCUGCUACGAUACUUGGACCGCCGCAAAUAUCGUUCAACUCCUUCAAGGAGUGCGAACGGCGGCUACCCCCGAAGCAAUCGCGGCGAGGCACCGCUGGACCCGGCGCCGCACCUUGUACCUUCAGAUUCUUGCUAUUCUUGAGCCGAAUGAAAGCGUCCAGGAUGCCUUGGACAGGCUGUUGAACAACGACGACGGCCAGGGACACGUCCGCCGCCGUCUAUCAGAUGCAGCGGAUUGUCUGAUUCACCAAUUGGAGGAGCCCCCCGCUUUCAGGGAUCUUGAAAAGGAAGCUAAAGGCCUCAUGGAAAAAUUGAUCGAUGAGAUGAAAAUUCUCACAACCCUGGACCAGAAUUUGACGGCGAUGGCAGAGCUCAUCCUUUCGGGGGAAACCCUUUCUCAGGCUCUUACGCGUGCUUACGACAACGGGCCCGACUGGCGGUUGGCAGAGGUUGCCGCCGAAACUGUGCAUUCCUUGAACAUUCCGAGAAGGCGGUUUGCUGAAACCGUCUGCUACGAUACUUGGACCGCCGCAAAUAUCGUUCAACUCCUUCAAGGAGUGCAAACGGCGGCUACCCCCGAAGCAAUCGCGGCGAGGCACCGCUGGACCCGGCGCCGCACCUUGUACCUUCAGAUUCUUGAGCCGAAUGAAAGCGUCCAGGAUGCCUUGGACAGGCUGUUGAACGACGACGACGGCCAGGGACACGUCCGCCGCCGUCUAUCAGAUGCAACGGAUUGUCUGAUUCACCAAUUGGAGGAGCCCCCCGCUUUCAGGGAUCUUGAAAAGGAAGUCUUGGAAAUUGAACUUCUCCAGAUCGAAGCGGCUAUUCCUGCGCCAAGCCUGGGUCGUCUUAUGACCCUCGAGGCUUGGAGGACCCUGCUGUCGGAGAUGUUAGGGUUUAUGCUCUCCGACGAGACUGUGGCAGAGGCAAUUGAUAGGCACCAGAACAGAGAUGAGAUUGGGUCAAAGGCAAAGACGGUAUGUACUCUACUGAACUUGGACAUGCGUCCCUUUUUGCGUAGGGUUAAUUUUGCCACUUGGGAUAAGGCGAAUUUGGAGAUGGAACUGAAAUGGGUCUUCAUGGAGAUUGCCGUGUUGGGCGCAAUCGAUGACGCAAUACAUUGA